UAAUUUUAAUAUUUAGUAUUUAUUUAUGCGGUUUGUUUCUAGUUACAUCCUGCAUAGUGGAAUUUUUAGUUACAAUUUGAGUUAGUGAAUUCAGAAAUCAAUCCAAUCAAAAUGUCGUAAUAUCCAAUAAAACUGUCAUAAAACAUACAUUGAAAUCGAUUAUCUACACUGACGGUAAUCUUUGUUUACAGCUAUUCCAGAUGACAGAAUAACCACUAAAAUGGAAAAAAGAAUACGCAACGAUUUUGGUCAACACUCCAAUUGGAUGAGUUUUGAUACACUGCAAUAUAUCUUCCCAAACAAUGUAUCAUUUUGUCCAGGAAAUACUAGUUUGUGGGAAGUCUGGGAAGAUCACGGUGUCUCUCAAUGUUUCAUGGAGACCAUAACUAAUAGUGUUCUGUUCAUUUUUCUCUUUCUUGCUGGUACUAUUCAGCUGUGUAUGUAUAGAAAGUAUGGUUCAGAAGUAUCACCUAUUCAGCUCGGAAAGUCAAAGUUAUACUGUUUACAGAUAUUUGUUAUUUUGAUUAUACCAAUAUUAGAAGUUUCUCGCUUUAUAUUACAGUUAACUGUGCUGAAUGAUAAGAGCUUAUAUGGAUAUAUGGUGUUAUCUCUUGUGUUAACAUUGUUAGUAUUUCCUUAUUCUUUAUGGAUACUUAGAGUAGAGAGACAUUAUAUGUUACCUUCAGUACCUACAAGGGGCCAUGGUAUUGUGCUACUUCUUUUCUGGACCAUGGUAUUUGUAGCAGAAAAUUUAUCAUUCUUGAAUUUGGGAAAAGAAAGUUGGUGGUUUAAACUUACAACGGUAUCAGAUAAAAUUGAAAUGGCACUUUUUGUGAUACGAUACAUAUCAUGUUUGCUCAUGUUCCUACUUGGUCUAAAGGCUCCAGGUAUCACUCAAAAUAUGGAUUACUUUAACUUACAUGAUACGACAAGAAAUGUGAGAAUUCAACAGAACGACGAAAAUCGUUCGACAUGGAACAACCUGUGGAGGAAGUUCAGAACGCUGUCUCCGUUCCUGUGGCCUAAGAAUGAUUGCAGUCUGCAGUUGAGGGUGAUAUUUUGUUUCCUCUUGCUAGCAGGAGGGAGGGUGAUAAAUUUAUACGUACCUAUAUAUAAUAAACUCAUAGUUGAUAGCAUGACUCCCACAGACAAGGUAGAGGGUGAAGCCCUAAGAUUCCGAUGGGAUUGGAUAUUGUUAUAUGUACUCUUCAAAUUUUUACAAGGUGGUGGUACCGGUGGUAUGGGUUUGUUGAAUAAUUUGCGGUCUUUCCUUUGGAUCAGAAUAACACAGUACACAACCAGAGAAGUUGAGGUAGAACUAUUUAGGCAUCUGCAUAGUUUAUCAUUACGUUGGCAUCUCAAUAGAAAAACAGGAGAAGUACUUAGAGUAAUGGAUAGGGGUACUGAUAGUAUCAAUAAUCUCUUAAAUUACAUUCUCUUCUCAAUCUUUCCAACUAUUGUCGAUAUUAUAAUAGCGGUCAUAUUUUUUGUUACCGCCUUCAAUGCUUGGUUUGGACUGAUUGUGUUUACAACAAUGGUUCUCUAUAUCAUGUUAACUGUUGCAAUAACGGAAUGGCGUACAAAAUUCCAAAGAAGGAUGAAUCUGGCUGAUAAUGAAACUAGAGCCAGAAGUGUGGAUUCUUUAUUAAACUUUGAAACAGUCAAGUACUAUGGAGCUGAGCAUUAUGAAGUUGAAGCUUUCAGAGAUGCCAUAUUGAAAUAUCAGAAAGAGGAAUGGUUGUCUAGUAUCACCUUAAACAUAUUGAAUACAGUCCAGAACGUAAUUAUUUGUGGAGGCCUUUUAAUUGGUAGUUUGCUAUGUGUUCAUAUGGUUGUGGACACCCAUGAACUUACUGUUGGUGACUAUGUUCUUUUUGCUAGUUACAUUGUACAGUUGUACGUGCCACUGAAUUGGUUUGGAAGUUACUAUAGAGCUAUCCAGAAAAAUUUUGUAGAUAUGGAAAAUAUGUUUGAUUUACUCAAGGAGGAGCAAGAAGUCAUAGACGCGCCAGGUGCAGGACCUUUGGUAGUUAAAAAAGGCGUAGUUGAAUUCAACAAUGUAUCUUUUGGUUAUCAACCAGAGAAAUUAAUUCUCAAGAAUGUUACUUUUACUGUACCUGCUGGAAAGACUGUGGCAUUGGUUGGGCCUUCAGGAAGUGGUAAAAGUACUAUAAUCAGAUUACUAUUUAGGUUUUACGAUGUUGAAACUGGCAACAUACUUAUCGAUGGACAGAAUAUUAAGAUCGUCUCACAAGAAUCUCUUAGGAGGGUAAUUGGCGUGGUACCUCAAGAUACUGUACUUUUUAAUAAUACAAUAAAAUAUAAUAUCAAAUAUGGUAGGCUAACAGCCACUGAUGCAGAUGUUAUAGAAGCUGCAAGAGGUGCGGAUAUACAUGAUAAGAUUCUCACUUUUGUAGAUGCAUAUGAUACUCAGGUUGGAGAGAGGGGCUUACGGUUAAGUGGUGGAGAGAAACAAAGAGUAGCAAUUGCUCGAACUCUGCUUAAGGCGCCAUUAGUAGUAUUACUAGAUGAAGCUACAAGUGCUUUAGAUACACAAACUGAAAGAAACAUACAGGAUUCAUUGAACAAAAUGUGUGUUAACAGAACAACAAUAAUUGUAGCACAUAGAUUGUCUACUAUUAUACAUGCUGAUGAAAUAUUGGUGCUUCAAGAUGGUGAAAUUGUUGAAAGGGGAAGGCAUGAACAUCUGAUUGGUCAAGAUGGCAUAUAUGCUGCAAUGUGGAGACAACAGUUAGAUAAAGAUUCAAAUGCUAUAAACAGUCUAGAAAGUAGCGCUACACAUAGUUAAACCUUAAAUCUGUAUUAUAAAGUCUAAGCUCCCAAAGAGACCUCAAAACCAGUUAUUAUCUGAAUUUAGCAAAUUCUUUGUUUGGAUGAGAUCUCAGAAGAUUGAGGUACUGCAAUAAUCUAAUGAGUUUUACUGGUGGUGAUGAUUUUAACGUAUUGUUACUGUGUUCCCCGAACAUUAUAUUGAAUUCGUAUUUAUUCAAUGUAUUUUAAGUUUUUCCGACCAAAUAAAGUACGAAUUUAUUCUCA